CACCAGCCCCAGGCUCCUCCUGCUGCCCGCACGGGACCCGCGCCUCCUCCCUCUCCCCACCCGCCCCCACGUACUAAGGCGCCGAGCCCGCCGCGCGCUGCUCACUGGCUACGCGUCCCAGCUCGCCGAGCGUCCUGCCCGCGCCUCCCAGCCAAGGUUUCAACAGACCUCACGAAAAUGCCAUCUCAAAUGGAACACGCCCUGGAAACUAUGAUGUUUACGUUUCACAAAUUUGCCGGGGAUAAAGGCUACUUAACAAAGGAGGACCUGAGAGUAUUCAUGGAGAAGGAGUUCCCCGGAUUUUUGGAAAAUCAAAAAGACCCUCUUGCUGUGGACAAAAUAAUGAAGGAUCUGGACCAGUGUCGAGAUGGCAAAGUGGGCUUCCAAGGCUUCUUGUCGCUAAUUGCUGGGCUUGGCAUCGCAUGCAAUGACUAUUUUGUAGUACACAUGAAACAGAAGGGAAAGAAGUAGGCAGAAUUGAGGAAUUAAUUCCCCCCACCCUCAUAAAAAUUAUCCCAAGAGUCACUUAAGGAAUCUGCCCUACAGCUUCCGUCUGCAUAAGAAUUUCAUAACAGAUCGGUGUCCUUAGAAAAUGUACAAAUAAAAUCCAACUCCCAUUUGACAAGUAGUGGAAGAAAAGUCAAUUAAAUGCCAGAUAAGCUUUUAAUUUUUAUAUCGUUUGCAUCCUCUUGCCCUCAAUAAACAAAUUUCUUUUUUAAUACCUGA